UAAUAUCACCUCUAUUUUGAGAAUGAUAGUGAUUGAAAAUAUGGGUUCCAGUGUACCGGCCCCUCUGUGGAGUAGACGGAUGAUACAGGGUACUCGGUGGGGGUUUCUGGUAGUCUUAAUGGUUUUCAUUUAUGGCUCUCACGCACCCCUUAUUGCUCUAACAAAAGUUGAUGGCCGCGUUCCCUUCAGCCCUUCAUCCUGUGUAGUGCUCAUUGAACUAACAAAGCUGCUGGUGUCUCUUGGUACUCUUCUAGCCACAGGGAACCUCUCUUCCCUAAAAGCAUCAGCGUCCUUGAGCAGUAUUCUCCCCUAUUCUGUUCCUGCUAUUCUCUAUGCUUUCAACAACAACCUGGUGGUCUUCAUGCAAGUUUACAUGGACCCCAGCUCCUUUCAAGUCCUUAGCAACCUGAAAAUAGCCUCCACAGCCUUGCUUUAUACUUCGUGUCUGGGGAAGAAGUUGCAGCCCACCCAGUGGCUGGCCUUGGUGCUUCUUAUGGGAGCUGGGGUGAGUCACAGCUAUAACAGCCUGGACUUAGAGGAGCCAAAGGGUGGAGGGGAGAACCUGAGUUCCACGGUAUACGUUACCACCUGGGGCCUGCUUCUGGUUCUUGUCUACUGCUUUGUGUCAGGGCUGGCAGCAGUCUACACAGAACGAGUGCUCAAGACCCAGAGGCUGCCUCUCAGUCUACAGAAUCUGUUCCUGUACGCGUUUGGAGUGCUGAUAAAUGUUGCCUCGCAUUUCUCCAGCGCCGGCGAAGAACAGACGUUUCUGGAAGGUUACUCCGUGGUGGUAUGGUUGAUAAUAGCGGGACAGGCGGCCAAUGGUCUGCUCAUGUCAGUGGUGAUGAAGCACGGCACUGGGAUCACCAGACUCUUUAUCAUCUCCUCCUCUAUGCUGGUGAACAGCGUACUCUCCUGGGCAGUUUUGGGAUUGCAGCUCACCCCCUUCUUCCUGUGUUCUGUUGUAUUGAUUGGAAUGGCAGUUUACCUGUAUUACAGGUGAUUAGUGUGAAUGUGGAGCUGACACUACCGAGUGAGAAAAGAAACAUGUAACAGAACACAAGAGACUGCAUCUGGAAUACAUAAUAUAUUGUAUUCAGAAGUUCAUCAAAGAUUUUGGUAUUCUCAGAUGGAAAUAUUUUUAAUCCAGUUUGCUUCCAGAAAGGCAAACUGAGUAUUUUAGAUAA